AUGAAGCUCUCAAUUGUAACCAUCGCUACUCUUGCUGCUACCUCGCCCGUGACAGCGUGGUAUGUGACAUUCUACGACAACACAAACUUUUGCAAAGUCGACGACAAUACAGAGUACCAGAUUCUCGAAGGUGACCAAUUCGACUGCAACACCUUUGGCGCCAGCAUGGACGGUGUGGACUGCGUCCACUUCGUCGAAGGUGGACGUAACAGAAAAGGCUGCAAGGGUUUGUUCAAGGCUCAUUCGGCAAGGCCUAAGCUAGAUACAAACUCCUAUUGCACAUUUUAUCCCGCACCAGACUGCAAUGAGCUCAGUAUCAGCAAGAAUCCUGGAGAGUGUGGAUCUAUAUUGGAAGGUCUGAACCCGGACUACAUUAUGUCUUUCAGAUGCCAAAACAGUGAGUAG